GAUUAAAUAUUAAAUACCUCUCGUUUGGAGCGGCAUCAUUAUCUCGGAAAGAGGUCCCAAAAUUUGACUUAUAGGGAUCCUUUUUACGUCACGAUCAUUUACUUGAUUGACUGCAUUUUCGCCGCUGAACUUGAAUACCACGUGGAAGCGAACAACGCCUCAAUUUGAAACCAAAUAUUUUAAGGCUCAGUUUUUCAUUCCAUUACCCACGUACACGUACCUAUUGGCGUGUAGAAGGAAGAAUAACUGGGCCCAUCGGGCCUAUUUGUAAGGUUUAUAUAACAGGUUUAUAGUAUCUUGAUCUUUAAUGUGUCUCAUCGUAGACUCAUGAUGGCAGAUCAAAGAGACCGUUUGACUUGUUGGAUCCAGACUGUGUGUUUGUGCCUGUUUUUCAGUAACAUCUUUCCCUUCGGCACUGCGUUUUCAGAUGCUGAAAGUUAUGGUAACUACACCGUAAAUGGAUGGACGAUUCCUGUAUGCCAGUUUUCGUUACCAUGCUACAGUGACGAUUGUUCUACAACCCCGUACAACCUAGGUGGAGAGUGCCAUUGUGAUCCUUACUGCUUUUACUUCAAUGACUGUUGCAUCAACUUCUUUAUUCAAUGUGAGGAAGAUCUUGCUGAUGAUGACUUCUCUGAGGCGACCAAAGGCAUUAAUCCCAGUCAGUUCUCAUGCGUGACACCAGCGGGAAAUCCACAAUAUGAUGAUCAGUAUCUGAUGGUGAGCAAGUGUGAUGAACGAUGGAACGAUGAAGAGACUAACAUUACGAAAGCAAAAUGUGAAGGUCAGGCGAUGGGCGAAGACUCACUUACAUUGAUACCUGUAGUAUACAUGAACAGCAUCACAUUUAAAAAUAUAUAUUGUGUUCUUUGCAACUUCAAGAAUGACGUAAGCCGUGUUACACCAUGGGGAAUAGACGCAACAUGUCCAUCUGCAGAGUAUUCAAAUACAUCACGAAGUAAUUUCAAUAACGAUCAAAUCAUUGGAAUAAUGAAACAUUGCGACUGGAACUUUAAUACUCCCUUCUCAUUAACAGCUGGAAGAAGUUGUUAUAAUGUAAAUAUCAUAUCAUGCGACGUCGACCAAGACAAUGAUACGAUGGUUCAACUAGCUGAGGCAUGUGAGUCCUACAAAGGUGUUGUAAGCCUUUAUAAUAACCCACAUUGUUACUUUUGCCAUAACGCCUUAGUAUUAAAUCAAACGCUUCAAACAAUAUAUCAAAAUUUGGUUAACAUGGAAUGUCCACCGCUAACUAGGACCUCGGCAUUAAUUCCACCCAUCUUUCCUUAUCCGAGCUUUCCGAUUUCUGUUCUAUUUGAUUUCUCAUCUGUUAUCGCCCUCCCUCAUCACGAGCGACAACUCGAUAUUUCCUGUGGAGAUGACCAAAUCUAUGACCAGUAUCAUCAGGCUUGUAUAAACCUUUCGUGUCCAGUGGGAUAUAGCCUCAUAAACAGCUCUUGCCAAAGGCUUCCUUCAAACUUGAGUUGCUUGUUCGAGGAAGGACUUCCUGUCCUUAUUGAAGUGGAGUGCAUGUACGCUAUCGAAGAUAGGUCGAACUGCAAUCCUGAUGUGCAUUUACCCAAUACCAUAAUAUCUUUAUUCGAUAGCAACUACAUGACUUCUGGUAAUCUUUCGGUUAGUAAGUUCCAAGCUGAAACAAUAAGGAAUGGGUCUUUAACGGUAUGUUCUCAACGCCUGGACAUAUGGGGAUAUCUACGAAUUAAUGUUGAUGUUUCUCAAGAAAAUUUGGAUAGUGUAAUUUUGUCCAAAAACAUUCAAAACUACUUCGGAAAUGUUACUUGUAGUGACAUGACUUUAACAACUUCUAUUGGAUGCAGCAACCUAAAAGAAAUUUGUCCUAACGUCGUCGUAUAUGAUGACUUCGUAAAAUCACAUGAUAACGGGACAAGGCAGGUGUUUUUAGUUGGAGAAAUGGCAUAUAGCUUUCGCGAUUCCAUCUAUUCCAUUGAAUAUAACAUCAUAUCAGGGCAGACGAACUCAAAGCGAGAAUAUUUACAAGUGUGUAAGGUACCACCUGAAACAUGUACUUUGGUAUCACAGAACGUAUCACUUUUUGUUGUCUUAGGCAAUGGAUCUUACCUGUAUUUGCCUCUUAACAGAACAUUGACAUCGAAGGACUAUCUUGAAGUUGGAAAUGACACGAUUUUCGUUUGCUCUUACGUAUUGCAAAGUAACCCUUAUUCUUCUGGAUUUCUGAAUUUUUCUUCAGCUCAAUCAGUUUUAAGUACCAUUGGCAUUACUUUGUCCCUAAUUGCCCUUUUCCUAACUGUCCUUUCCUAUCUCAAGUUUAAUCUUCUACGAAAUGCAACCUCCAAUUUUCUGAUCGUAAGUCUCUGUGUAACUCUCAUAGUCGCCCAGCUUAUCGUCUUAUUUGGUGGACUAGCGACAUUGAAUUCUCCUGUCUGCAUCUCUUUUGCAAUCGUGGGUCAUUACACGUGGGUUGCGGUCUUCUCACACAUGACGGCUCUUGCUUUUGAUUUGCAACGUCGUUUCGGCAUCGCAGCAAAGUUUGGCCGCACCGAUGAGGGCGCCUCGGUGCUAUCAAGGUUCCUUGUUUUUGUUUGGGUGUGCCCAAUCUUUGUGGUUGGACCUUGUCUUGGAAUCUACUUUACUGGCACAACCUUUCAACAUUUCUCCCUCACCUACAGGACACUGACCUGUUGGAUCGGUGAUGGUUUGGCCAAUCUGUAUGUCUUUGGAAUCCCUGUCGCUUGUUUUCUCGUCAUCAAUAUCAUUUUAUUUGUCAUGGUAGUUGUUGGUCUUCAUCAGAUGAGAAUGAGUCCAGUUAACAAGCACAAGAGCAAAGAAUCCAAAUUGUCGUCCGACCUUCUAAUUUAUGUAAAGAUGUCAACUCUGCUUGGCUUCACUUGGGUAUUCGGUUUUAUAGCUGCCUUCGCCGGUGUCAGAGCUCUCUGGUAUAUCUUCAUCAUCCUCAACUCUCUCCAAGGAGUCUACAUCUUUAUUGCAUUUGUCUGCAACCAGCGUGUCCUGAUACUCUGGAAGGAAUCUUGUCCCUGCUUUGGUAGGCUCUCCUCGAUGACGUCCUCCAAGUCAAGAUCGACAUCGUCGGAAAUGGUGACGAUGAAAAACUCAAAGGGGAAAGUCUCAGGUAGCGAAUCGAUGCUCUGAAUGCACACUCAGAGAACUUUGAAAAGAUUUGUAAGCAAAUUUGACAGUCUUCAAAAUGGUUUUCCGUGGUCUUGAAACAUUAAAAAGAACGAAAGCCUCGUCCGAGCUCCCAUACCUAAGACCAAGGCCUGCCGUGGCCAAGGAAAAUGACUAGACGACUGAGGCAAAUUGAAAGGACAAGACAGUGUUAUAAUUGUCCUCGAGGGCUUGGAAAGCAAUACCACAACAUAAAUGAUCCACGGUUGUUGACACUAAUGAAACAAUAUAUUAGUAGCUUGAGUAUGGAUAAUAAACGUAGGAGAGACCCAUCUCCUCAUAUCUCA